GCCACCUCACUAUAGUGCUGCUGCUGGUCCAUUCCUAGUCAGUUAUUGUGUUACUUUUCUCUUUUAUGUUGAGUGAUGGAGUUGGCCAGUCGACUACUGGCAGCUCUAGCGCUGACAUUGUAUUGUGUCUCUUCAGUACAGGCCAGUCAUUUGAGGGAUCAGAAUAUAUGUGGAAAACCUUUGUGUGAUCCUCCAAAAAAUUUCAAGUUCUCUCCAGACUUGAAAUACCUAUAUGAAUAUGAAUCUCAUGUUAGCACCGCCUUUGAUGUGGAAAAAGAAAAUGCCUCAACAUUAGUAAUUAAAGCCCAAAUUGAACUCGAAUUUGAGACCGCUUGUCAUGGCCACCUGCAGAUAACUAGGUUAACAAUUGAAGACAACCAUGAUAUUACGAAGAGAAAGAAGGAAGGGGAAGAAUAUGAGGAUGAUGAAGACACUAGCCAAAAUGAUUUUAAAUCUCUCCACGAAAAUGGUUUAAGGUUUUACUAUGAGGACGGUGUUUUUCAAGAGAUAUGCCCAGAAAAAGAAGAACCUGUUUGGGAGCUUAAUUUCAAGAAAGGAAUACUUUCUACAUUACAGAACUCAAUGGAAAGGCUGGAUUUGAAUCGUCAUACUGUAGAGAGUGAUGUAAAUGGAGAGUGCCUCACUGAUUACAAACUUGAAGCUAUAAAUGGAACUACUUUGAUCAUCAGCAAGCAAAAACAUAUUUCAACUUGUGAGAAAAGGCAUCAGUUGAUUUCUAUCAUACCAACCAAUACCUAUGUAUUUGAAACGAAAUACCAUAAAUGGAGCCCAAUGGUGUCCAACUUGACGUGUGAGCAACAUGUGGACCACAACAUAGUGAUAUCUGUCAUGUGCAAAGAGUCACACUCCUUCCUGCCAUUCUACAAUCAAUCACUCGGAGCAUCAACAACGGCCACCACUAGACUCACUCUUCUAGAAGAAGAGGACUACUAUAAAAGAAAGUCAUUGAAUGAUAUUAAAGUUGAAAAGAGAACAUCUUUACUGUACGACACCCAACGAUUUUCUAGGGAGUUAAAUGGAAGUUUUGAGGAAGCCACAUCUCUUCUAAAAUCUAUGUGUGACCUCAAUACGGAGGAACUGCAGCCAGAGUUUUCAGAAGUAUUCAAUAAGUUCAUCCAUAUUGCUCGAUAUCUUUCACGUCAGAGUAUCUCCAGACUGUAUAAUAUGUCUGAAUCUCUGUGUCCUUCUGGAAAAAAACAUAUGACUGACGGUCUUCCACACUUAAGAAGUGCUGCAUCUGUAGAAGUGAUGAAAGACAUUAUAAUGACCGAGAAUCUUCCACCAUCCACUGUCAGCCAGUUCUUGUUUGCAAUGUCUCUGUUUAACAGACAUUUGCCAUGUGGCAUAAAUCAAGAUUUCUUAUUGAAUAUCUAUCGAAACCAAACUAAUGAAGAGGAAGUCAGAAUAAAGGCAUAUUUGGAGGCAAUCAAAUGUCCAACCCAUCAGGCUAUACGUGCAAUAAAGGAAGUUUUAGCUAGUGAAGAGAACAACCAAGUUGGAUCAUUUGUAUGGAGUCAUUUACACAACUUAAAGGUUUCUGCGAUGCCAUCUCGAAUGGAAAUACAGGCAAUGUUGCAAAAUAGUGAAUUUUCAGCCAAGUUUGACAAACCCUAUUUAAAAUUUUCAAGAAAUUAUGAGUCAUCGUUUUACAUAAAUGAAUAUGGCGUUGGAGGAUUUUCUGUCAGCAAUGUAAUAUUUUCUCACAAAUCCUACAUACCGAGAUCCAUCUCCACCAACAUCACCAUCGUUCUCUUCGGUGAACAUGUCAAUGUAGCUGAAAUAACUCUAGAUUUGCAAGGUUUUGAACAGUUUGUAGAAGCGUUAUUUUGGAAAAAUGGUAUCCUCAGCAAGUUUGAAAGGUUUACGAGUGCUUUUAGGUUCCUCAGGAGUUCCCAGUCCACAUUGAAAUCUAAACUUGAUGGUUUACCAAAUGUUAUUGCAGAAACGUUUUCUGUUCCAAAGGCAUCUCUGUCAAUCAGAAUGUUUGGGAAUGAAAUACAAUAUUCAAGAGUAACCGAGAAGGAAGAAAUCAACUUGCUUUUGAAUAACUUGAACCCCAUCAAGAUCAUAAAGGAUUUUCUCAGUGGCCAAGAAAUAAAGAUAGAAAAAUCUGUCUUGGUAUGUGAUGCAAGAUAUGUCACACCACUAGCGAAUGGUUUACCCAUGAACACUGAUGCCAUCAUUACGUCCACGGUGAAGUUUGACUUGGCUGGCUUCAUUAACGCAACUGCAUUCACUGCAGAAGGCCAGUUUGACCUUGAUGGAAAGCUGAUACCAAGUGUAGCUGUAAACAUGGUUGGGUCAAUGGGAGUAGACUCCUACUAUAAGAAGACAGAAGUAAAAGUUGUUAGUAAGAUUUAUACAUCGACAGCAGUGGCUGGGAGUUUUAAAUUGAAAGGGUACAAAUUUAUGUGGGUCUCUUUGAAUCUACCCCUUAAAAAAUCAGAGAUAUUCAGUGGCAACAAUCAACUGCUGGUGGUACAAGGUGCACAGGAGGUAGUUUUGGAUAGUCUGACUGCUGGCCGUGUGGCUACAACGCUGUGCAGUUGGCCAAUCAUGGACGACGCUCUUGGCCUUACAUUCUGCGUCAAAUCUCUCCUUCCCAACGCCUCUCUGGUUCUUGACUCACCAAUGGUCAUCUUCAAUGGCCCCCUCAAUGUUGAAGUAACUCUGGACAAAUCUGACCCCUCUACCCAGGUCUACACUCUGGAAUACAAGAUGACUGAUUUCCAGGACAAAAGAGUCCUAAGCGUAGUGUUUGACACGCCAGGAUCCAACAUAAAGCGAGGACUCGUGGCUAACCUCAACCUGGAGAAGGAUGGACCGAAUGUUACACUCAUGUUUCAGACAACACGCACCCAACUCCGAGCACAAGGAUUCUACAGAAACACUCCGGAGGAACUAUCACUAACAUUCUGGAUAGACAUGAAUGGGAAGAAACACAUUGAUCUACAAAUUGCUCUAUUCUCCAAGCCCAGUAAAUAUGGAAUGACAUAUGAACCAAGACUUCAAUUCCUCAUCAAUGACAAACAGAUUGCUGCAUUAAAUGGUACAAACAAGUGGGUUGUUAAAAAUGAUAUUUCUCAAUGUGAGAUCAAUCUUGAAUUCCAUACAAACCGAUUUUCUACUGCUAUUACUGGCUACGUUAGAACAAACAAUGCCUCCAUAUCAACAAAUCUGAAAUUGGACUACCAAUUUGAAAAUUCCAAACCAGCAUUUGUUCGCCUGGAACUGAGGCUAGGAGACAGAUCAACCAAGAUGCACACAGAGUGGUUUGGGAGUGUCAAGUUUAUCUCUUCAACUUAUCCUCAGAUCAACACACUUAUCAGUCUUAACUUCCAAAAAGGUUUCGGUCGUCUAGAUUGUAAGGCUGUAAUCCAGACAAAUCCAUACCUCAGAGAUGACGACCACAAACUGUUAAUCAAAACUGUGUUCUCAUAUCACAAGACUCACAGCGGUAGCAAGGUGGAGGCCCUUGUAGAGGUUAAAAAAGUUGAUGAUGACAUUGACCUCAAGCUAUCUGUUGCAUCUCAGCUUAUUCCAGGAGCCUUAUCUUUAACUUCUGUUGUACGUUAUUCAAAAGGUAAGGAAAUAACAAUAGCGUUUGAGUUGAAGAUCCCCAAAGGAAGCUUAUUAGUGAUAGAAAGCCGUUUUGAAGUGACUAUUCCAAAUGCACAGGAAGCUAUGGUAGUUGAUGCCAAGAUAAUGGAGAAGAUUGCGCUACAUUAUGAUCUUUCUGUGGAAGCGGUUUGGUUCAGCGGCCACAGUGUCAUUUUAACCGGCUCUUACGAAGACAAAUCUUCACUUAUAGAUAGAAUCUAUGUAGUCAAAAUGAUUUGUUCGUCCCAAUUCUUUCAUGAGAUAUUAUUUAUUGGCAGGCUACACAUUGGAGCUAAAGAAUAUAAGACUGACUUAAUGGUAGACUAUGACGAAGCCAAAUACAUCCUCAACGUUCACCAUCAAUCUCCUAAUCCUGGUGCAAUGAUUUCAAAUGGAGAGCUGACUUGGAACACUAGUACAUAUACAAUCUCCAACUUUAUUGACAUGGCAACACACCAGGCGAGGAUGGAGCUGCAUCUGGAUCAGUACAGAGACAUUCAUGUAAAAGUCAGUGGACCACAAAGUGUAGAAGAGAUGCUGAUUGAGCUAGAUAUCAAAUGGGAUGCAAACAGAGAUCCCUCCCAAAAAGUGGUGUUCAAAGUAGAGUUGUCUAGAGGCCGUCGCCUAAAUUUUGAGUUAAGAAGUAAUAUUGAAUACCCUGGACGUACGAUUACAGGAACAGUCUCACUGCGCCAUAAAGAUUCUGACUACACAGGCCUGAUGAAUCUAGAAUGGAGUCCCACAAGUUCCAUCAGCGUUUCCUCCUUUUUGUCCCUGAGUUUACAAAAGACAGGGACCAUUACAUUCUUCACCAAAGUGUUUACGCCGUUUGAAAAUUGGAAAGUGACUCACUUGAACUAUGGGCUGUGGAUUUUGGACAACAGUACAAGGUCCAACGCCAGUGUCACCUGGGGCCAUAAUGGAUCAGCGCUCGCCGACGUUACUUACCUCUCUCUAACAUCCAACUCCCAAAUUGGAUUUUCAGUGACUAUUCUACUAAAUUCUACUAUUCCAGAGGUUUCCCCACUUAAAGGCCAAUUUUUAUAUACUCAGUCAUCACAACAGAUUAGAACAUUAGUUGAUAUUGAGCCAUCUUCUUCUCACCGUGUCAGAUUGGAAGGCGGAGGAAAGAUAGUUCGAGAUGCUCUUUCAUCAGAAUACGCUGGUCAAGUGAAAUUUACAACACCGUUUCACAACUUGACUGGAGGUGAAAUAUCAGGCAUACUCAUCAUGGAUGUUGACAACAAUUUUCGGGGUGGUUCUGUCAUUGCAUUGAACAAUAGGAGUGUAAAUACAUCGUUUGAAGGGUCGGCCAAGACUUUAAAUGAGAGUAGAUUCCUCAUAACCAUUCUGACUCCUUUUCAAAAGUACCAGAAAAUAAAUGGAAAGUUGACAUUUUCGUCCUCUAAGGCACAUUUAGUUGCUGAACUAAAGGCUACUGCAUUCACAAUUGGGUUGAAAACCAUUUACAUGUUCAAAAACAUGCAAGAUUUUGAUAUUCAACUGUCUGCUCUAACUGGAGUUAAUGUUGUCAACAAUCUAUUGCUUGUAGGAACUCUAAACAACGAAACAGUUGACUUUAGAGGAGGAUGGAACUCUGUUUUGGUUGGCCUUACCGCUCGAUCACACUACCAGGAUUGGUAUGAUCUGGAAUACAGAGGCUCGUUAUUUAUGCCGUUUGAAGGGUUCCGUGAAAGUGGAGCAGUCGCUAAGUUUUUGUUUACAGACAAAUUCCAUUUGGAGGUAGCAGCUGCUGUGGCAAAAGCUAAGGUUGGCCUUAAAGCAGUAAGCAUGUUUAGACAAGAAGAGGACUUGAGGUUAAGUGAUUCUGAUUUCUGUGUGUCAGAAAUCAGUGUAAAUCACAAGAAUGUAUCCACUCUGUGGCAGGCUUUGUUUCAACUCGACACACUUUACUAUCCAACAGCAUCAGGACAGAUUGAGGUUCUCAACUAUAACCUCAAUUUCUACUCAGCCACAGUCAAGUUACAGCUCAACAUAAUAGAUAUCUGUGUUCAAGACUUGUUUUCAUUUACUCACAAAUUAUCGAUGGCAAAUGAACUCAGAGUGACUUCUAAUCAUCCUCUGCUGUCUGAAAUGGGAUCUAAGUUCGAUCUGAGUGGAGUUUGGCCAGUCAUGACUGUUGCCAGCCUAGACCUAAAAGCUGUCACAAACAAUAACACUUACAAGUUUGACAUGGAGGGUCAAUAUAACUUUCAACCAGUGGGAAACAUGGAGAAUGAAGGAAUCUACAGCGUGACCUAUCGUCUCACAACACCGUUUGAAGCUCUGGACCAUUGCUACUUUGACUUCAACCUUCAAACAGAAAAAUACUUUUUCUCUUCAAACAUGACCAUUGAUGUUCUCGACAACAGAAUAAAUAUGGAUGGAUCUUUGGAGCUGGAUGAAAAUUAUUUUGGCCUGACAAUAGAUUUCAGAGUAGUAUCUCCAUCAUUUGCACUGCCUUUUUGCCAUAUAUCUUUUACCAAAGAUUUCUCUACCGUUGAAAAGUCAAUACUUGUCGUUUUGAAAUACCCCAAUAAGAAAGGAGAAGGAGAAAACUUCAAAAUCAGCGCAACUUGGCACUUUGGUGGAAAGGAGUACAUCAAAUUAUCUGGCAACAUUGUGACACCUUACGAGAAAUUAAACAAUUUAGUUGACUUCCUCUACUCUUCACAACCAGCAAAUAAAGAUUACAACUUGGAAAUAUUUUUCAAAAAUUCUUACUACGCUGAAAUUAAAUUAACUGGAAAAGUACACAUGGAGAAAAUUCACGUAGUGAUAGAGUCAUCCUUUGAUCGGUUCAGAGAACUUGUAAUGGAUGGCACACUAAGACGGCAAGACAAGCGCUUGGUGUUGGACUCAGUGGUCAGUUUGGAUCAAACAGUUCGCAUGGACUUGGAGAUAACAUCAUCACAAGGUGUUCCCUUGUUUAUGUAUGUACGGAUGAUGGACAACAGGCGAUCCCAGAUUGACAGGAAGGUUCUGCUGACUAUGACUGUUGAUCUGCGGAAGAAGCGGGUCCACGGAGCUGUAGGUUACGACCUCCUAUCUGACAUCCACAGCGAGAACACGGUCGUCAGCAUCCACUCUGAGAUCACUUCUAGACUAAGCGAAGAGAACUGGAACAUUGUUGUUACUAGUAAUCAUUCAAGAUACAAAGAAGUCAGCCUGAAAGUUACGGUAAUUCCAGGAAAAGAUCAGAUCUUUGAAGUCAGCAUUGAAGGACAUACUGACACUGUUCCCCUACAGUCAGAAUUUAAUGUUGUAUGUAACAUGUGGUAA